CGUGACUGAGGAACAGAAGAGGUGAGGCUGCGUCUACAGAGCCGCUUUUGGAGCGAGGGGAGGUCGACGGGGAGGAUCAGGCUUGAAUACCUGGUGAUGGGAUGAACUUGAAUGCAGCGUCAGGAGGUCACAAGCAAAAGACAGGCUGCGCUGCUGCCGGUGCUGUUGGUGCUGCGUCGGGCGAUUGGAUGUUUGCGCUUCUAGAGUGUGACAACCGCCGCCAAUUGAGUGGAUGGCGUCCCAGUUCGCAUCCCUCGUUCGUCUCCCCCCUUGCAGAAAGCGCCGCAGAUCCCCAAAAACAAACCUGGUCAAGCCGCAAAGCACAAGCCAGUCCCAGGUCUUCCCGAUCUCCUAUCGCGAACCUCUAUCGAUACACAACCGGGCGCCCCAGAAAAAGGAGAAAAUUGGCCAGCUUCGUUGCGCGUAGUACGAUUUAUUAUGUUUCACGUCGCCGAGACGGGCAGCAAAAGAUGCAGAAUUUUAUCCGCCUCCCAAAUGAUCUCCAUCCAUGAUUCCAUAUGCAACGAUACUGGACAUGACCAUGUUGGCCUUCAGACAGCAGUGGACGAAUAACGCGCUGCCCCAAACAGAGUGGGCAUGCAAGACACAACUGGAUGCGGCA